GCAAUUUUAGGGUCUGCAGGUGCAUCCAUUAAUACAAGGAGAUGCGGUUCCUUGAUGUCCUCCUAAGUUGUCUUGAAUUGGCUUAGCGUGUUUUCUUUCUUUUUUAAUAUAUACUUGCUUAUAUUGCACAUUUCUUAAUUUUCUUUUUUUCACACGUAGAUGAUGGAGCUGAGAAAUUUAAAGUAGAAAGUGGGCAACAGUACUGAUGAGGAUGAGAAAUUUGGCUGUGCCAGUAGAGCCGGAGGUGAGAGUGGAAGAUGUUGUGGGGGAUAAUCUGAGAGGAGCGUGGGAGCGCAUAAGGGUACUUCCAGUGAUCGUGCCAGCAGUGUUGAGGGUGGCAAUAUGCGUGUGCGCGGGGAUGUCCAUUAUGCUGUUUGCGGAGCGAGUCUACAUGGCAAUUGUCAUCAUGUGUGUCAAGCUGCUGGGGAAGAAGAAAUCCACCAAGUACAAAAAGCAGCAGCAGCAGCAAGGCACCAUAAAAGAAGACCUAGAAGUACUGCACCAAAUCUACCCCACCGUUUUGAUUCAAAUACCCAUGUACAAUGAGAAGGAGGUUUACAAGCUUUCCAUUGGAGCUGCAUGCAGUCUUUGGUGGCCGUCUAAUCGUCUUAUAGUUCAGGUUCUCGACGACUCCACAAAUGAAGAUCUGAGGAAAAUGGUGGAGAUGGAGUGCAUGAAGUGGAUGGGAAAAGGAGUGAAGGUGGAAUACGAGAACAGGAACAACAGGAACGGGUACAAGGCGGGGGCUCUGAGGGAAGGGUUACAGAGGGAGUACGUGAGAGACUGCGAGUUCGUGGCCAUCUUCGACGCUGACUUCCAGCCUGACCAGGAUUUCCUCCGCAGGGCCAUUCCUUUUCUCAUCGACAACCCUGAGUUGGCUCUGGUCCAAGCCAGAUGGAAAUUUGUAAAUGCAGAUGAGUGCCUGAUGACUAGGCUCCAAGAGAUGUCUCUCGACUACCAUUUCAACGUAGAGCAAGAAGUGGGCUCGUCAACAUGCUCAUUCUUUGGUUUCAAUGGAACAGCGGGUGUUUGGCGGAUUCAGGCAAUAAAUGAUGCUGGCGGAUGGAAAGAUCGAACCACAGUUGAAGACAUGGACCUUGCAGUCAGAGCUAGCCUCAAGGGUUGGAAAUUUCUCUUCCUUGGAGACUUGGCAGUAAAAAAUGAACUCCCAAGCACUUUCAAGGCAUACCGGUAUCAGCAGCACCGCUGGUCAUGUGGCCCUGCCAAUCUCUUCAGGAAAAUGACCAAGGAAAUCAUUCAUUGUGAGAAAGUAUCCAUCUGGAAGAAAUUUCAUGUCAUAUAUGCGUUCUUCUUUGUGAGGAAGAUUGUUGCGCACUGGGUCACCUUCUUCUUUUAUUGUGUAAUCAUGCCCGCAAGUAUUUUGGUUCCUGAAGUCCAUCUCCCAAAGCCCAUAGCUAUUUAUAUUCCAGCAACUAUCACCAUUUUAAAUGCAAUCUGCACUCCAAGAUCACUGCAUCUGGUUGUCUUUUGGAUCCUGUUUGAGAAUGUGAUGUCCCUCCAUCGAGCUAAGGCAGCAAUUAUCGGACUAUUAGAAGCUAACUGUGUCAAUGAAUGGGUUGUGACUGAGAAGCUGGGGAGUGCCAUAAAGCAAAACAAAAUUACCAAAGCACCAAAGAAGCCACGAUCUACAGUUGGAGAAAGGAUUUAUGUUUUGGAGCUGAUAAUGGGAAUGUUUCUGUUACACUGUGGAAUAUGUGACAUGCUCUUUGGAAAAGACCAUUUUUUCAUCUAUCUAUUACUGCAAGCUGGGGCCUUUUUUGUUGUGGGAUUUGGUUAUGUAGGAACAUUUGUACCAAACUAGAGCUAGAGACCCCAAACAAAAUCAAAGCCAUGAGUAGCAAGCAGGAUGGUUUCAUCAGUGAACUGAAUGUAGGUUGUAUGGUUUAAGUGCAGAAAAAUAUUUGAGGAUACAUGUGUGUUGUGUAUUUAGACAAUUGGGGAAAAAAUUGUCCAGGUCAGUUCCCUGAAUAUUAACUUACCCAUGCAAUGCAAUAUAGAUUAUACGAUGUUAUAUAAUUGCACAAAAGCAAAAAUGUUGUUGAAAAUAAA